UUCGUAGUCGUCUAUUGACGCACAACCUCAGGCUGUACGUUUCCAUCUUUUUGGCGAUCGAGCCACGUUUUCUUACAGUGCUGUGUGUUCUUUGAAAUUUUAUCGAUCGGUCUUCUUUGGACAAGAGAGAUACGUUUUUUAAAUAAUUACGAGCAAUCGAUAAUUAACAAUCGAUAUAGAUCAUCAACCAAUCAAAAUUCCCCAAUUUUCUUUCGAAAAUUUUCUUUUCUUCGUCUGAAACUUUAUCAUUUCCUUUUUUCUUUUCUUGACAAUGAAGAAGCAAAUCGUAUAAAUUUCCGUAUUACACGAUAAAUUGGGGGUUUAUUUUAUUCUCACCAAUCGCACUGCCGUCGAGGCCAACCGUGAUAUUGCUACGACAGAGAGAGACAUACUUCUUAUCACACCUUUAUUAACCCAUACUCGAAACAGUUUCAACGAGUUAAAUUUUUCCAUUGAAACUGUAUAUAAUCCGUCUCGCAAUAACGACAAUUGGCUUUUUCUUAUCAAAUUUUUCCGCUUUUUUUUUUUUCUUCCUUCUAAUUUUCUUUCCCACCGAUUCGAGUUUAUUUUGAGAAAAUGUGCGUAUAUUCUGGAAUAUUCGAGCGCGGAUUCGCGGCCACCGAGCGAUAAGCCAAUGAAAAAAAUAAACUCGAAGAUCGACAAAUCAACACCUUAGGAAUACGCAGAAAUCGAGCUGCCACCCACCCGCCUGUAGAAGUCUGUCCACUUGGUCAAUGAAGGGUCCUUAUUGAAGAGUUGUCAAUAUUAAUCGAGGUUUGAACGAUUAUGCGGAAAACAAUCGAAAUCUGAGCAUUUCUUCCUUUUCCGCGAUAAAAUUUGAUCGCGACAAAUUCGACGCGCGAUAAUUAUUUCGAUUGAAAAGAUGGAGAAUCAAGAGAGAUCGCUAUUCACUCGGAUGCAGCCGAGCAGAGAUUCGAUCCGAUUACAAAUGGGGCGAAAAGGGUUCGAGGCAGGGAAGGUAACGUCAACGACGGAGAGCAGCAAACAAUGCCAGAUCGGUGAACGCCAUUCCACGAAAGAACAUAUCAGUCCUACUUCUUCCGGAAAGUACGUGGCGACGCCUCGUCCGACGAUGGACAAUCUAAAGCAAUGGGAAUUGGUAGAGUGCGGUCACAAUUUGCGAGUGGUGGAAAAGAGAAUCCUGAAACCUCUGGAACAGAUAUCGGGAAUGGAUAUUGAACGUAUCUCGUGUUUUCCUGGAAAGAAAACUCUUCCUGAGAACGUAGCCAUCGAUGCGAAUCUCGAAGAGAAGUUGAAAGCUUUCAAAGACUCGAAGAUCGUUCAACCCAUUAUGGCGCCUCAACAGGAAUCUACCGAUGAUGCGAAAGUCCCGAUUAAUCUCGAACUAAUCCUGAAACAGCGGAAAGGCUCGGCUAUCGAGAGUACGGAUAUGCUUCAACGAUUAGAACAGCAGGUCAAGGCCAUCGAAAUGGACACUCUUGCAACUAGAAUGCGCCAGUUGGAGUUUAGCUCGGAUUUCGAGCCGGAAAUUCGAUACGCGGACCUUCACCGAUACAGGGAACACGAGGAUCUACUUCGAAACGUGACGGAUAACGAGGCCGAGGGGUCUCCAUUACACCGAGGAGAUGCGACGAGGAAUUCGACGGGAAAUGCAGGCAUCGUUACGAAGAAAGCUUCGGCGAAAUUAUCAAGGACAGCCUCGGACUCGAGGCGGGGACAGGAAGCGGAAGUACUCCUUCGAGCGCAAGCUAGGGUGUCACAAGCGCGCGUAUUGAUACAGGCUAACAACGCAAAGAAACAUCAACGUCAACAGCAACAGCGACAGAGCAAUGCGGUCAGACCAUUGUCAACCGUCACGCAGAAGAGUGCGCAAAAUGAGAAGGAGACAGGGGAUGGCGUGGGAGUGUCGAGUAGCGGUGGUCGACUCUCUUCUCGAAGUCGAACCUCGGAGGAACCCCACAUCGGCAAGUACAAAUUACUUAAAACGAUUGGCAAAGGUAAUUUUGCCAAGGUAAAACUUGCCAAACAUGUACCUACCGGAAAAGAAGUGGCUAUCAAAAUUAUUGACAAGACUCAACUAAAUCCCGGUAGCCUUCAAAAAUUGUUCCGAGAAGUAAGAAUAAUGAAGAUGCUCGAUCAUCCGAAUAUAGUGAAACUUUUCCAAGUGAUCGAGACUGAGAAAACAUUGUACCUGGUAAUGGAAUACGCCAGUGGUGGCGAAGUUUUUGACUAUUUGGUCCUACAUGGUCGAAUGAAAGAAAAGGAGGCUAGAGCGAAGUUCCGGCAAAUUGUCUCUGCUGUGCAAUACUGCCAUCAAAAAAAGAUCAUCCAUAGGGAUUUAAAGGCUGAAAAUUUACUACUCGAUAGCGAGAUGAACAUCAAAAUCGCCGAUUUUGGUUUCAGCAAUGAAUUCACACCAGGCAACAAGUUGGAUACUUUCUGCGGAUCACCUCCUUAUGCAGCACCUGAACUUUUUCAAGGUAAAAAGUACGAUGGACCCGAAGUAGAUGUGUGGUCGUUGGGAGUAAUAUUAUACACUUUAGUGUCUGGAUCACUGCCCUUCGACGGUUCGACACUGAGAGAAUUGAGGGAACGAGUAUUACGAGGAAAAUAUCGAAUUCCAUUUUACAUGUCCACGGAUUGUGAAAAUCUUUUGAAAAAGUUUCUGGUGCUUAACCCGACAAAACGGGCAUCCUUAGAGACUAUUAUGAAGGACAAAUGGAUGAACAUGGGAUAUGAUGACGACGAAUUGAAACCGUACUUAGAACCUGAACCUGAUUAUAAAGACCACAAGAGGAUAGGUGAGUCUGCCAAGGCCCUGGCUAGUAUGGGAUAUACAAGAAGUGAAAUAGAAGAUUCCUUAGGACAAGCAAAGUACGAUGACGUAUUCGCCACCUAUUUACUCUUAGGAAGAAAGACAACUGAUCCUGAAUCAGAUGGCUCGCGAUCAGGCAGUUCGUUGUCAUUGCGCAACAUUCCACCGCAAGCUGGUUCAGGUGGUGGUGGAAGUGGUGGUGGAGGAGGAAGUGGAGGAGGUACUGGUGGUGCUGUGCAGAGUCCGUCGCAUAGAGGUGUUCAUAGAAGUAUCUCUGCUAGCAAUCCAAAACCGAGUAGACGAGUUUCAUCCGGUCUCGAAACGCUUCGAGCAGCGCCGAGCCCAGGAAAUGCAACGAACCAUAAUCACGCAACUCCUACGACUGGUGGAACUGUAACUGGAAACACUGGUAGUAAUUUUAAGAGACAAAAUACUGUGGAUGCGGCCACGAUCAAAGAGAAUACUGCUCGCGUUUCUGCGAGCCGACCUUCGGCUCCUAAAAACAGUCCUGGCCAAUUAGAUACUAUGACAAUGUUCAUUCUAGGCGUGGGUACAAGUCCCGGUGGUAGAGCAUGGGCAGGAAAGAGCAACACAAUGAAUGCAGGGGUAGGUAGUGGUCGGCCUCUUACUUCACCUGCCCCUGGUUCUGUUGGUCGACGUAGUACCAUCUCUUAUGAUCAAGCGAAAACGUCCUCUUCAUCUACCGAAAGAACCAACGAUACACCCAGCCUUGGCGAGGGCACUAGACCAACACGGGGUCACACCAAGUCUGCGAGCAUCAGUGCAGGUCACCGUUCCUCAAGUGGCGUAGCUCCCAGCGACCAUUCACUACUGGACCCUCAACCACGCAACGCCCACAACUCCUUACUCGCCACUGCUGACCCUCUUAGACAGAGUUUGGGUGUGUCUCCAAGUAAUAGACUGGCAACACCUACAACACCAGCAUUUCCUCGAAAUGUUCCAAGCCGUAGUACGUUUCAUUCUGGUCAGAAUAGAGCUCAGCGAAAUCAUACUCAGGGUCACACGCAUACACAGGACACGAAUGCAAUUAGUCCACUAGCGAGACCGUCCUUUUUCUCCAAAUUGUCCUCAAGAUUCUCCAAACGCCCCAUGGACCCAUCCGUACCUCCCAAGCACCCAGUAGUGAGUGGUGCAACAACUAACGAUGAGCAAGUUAAGCCACGCAGUCUACGUUUCACUUGGAGUAUGAAAACUACGAGUAGUCGAGAUCCAAAUGAAAUCAUGUCCGAAAUUCGAAAGGUAUUGGAUGCCAAUAAAUGUCAGUACGAACAACGUGAAAGGUUUCUACUGCUAUGUGCGCAUGGUGAUGCAGCGACAGAUAGCCAAGUACAAUGGGAAAUCGAAGUUUGUAAACUGCCACGACUUUCUUUGAACGGAGUACGUUUCAAACGGAUCUCAGGCACUUCAAUUGGCUUCAAAAAUAUUGCUAGCAAGAUAGCAAAUGAGCUCAAGCUGUGACUGCCGACAACAGGCGCCCUAUCCACCCGCGCCAAUCCAUAACGUUCUCAUGAUCGAUGACACGGAUUCACAGUUACCGACAACUUUCAUUUUUCCUUCUUCUGGGACUUUGACCUUCUCGAUGAUAUCAAUACCGAUACAGAUAUCGAUACCGAUACCAAUACCGAUGCCGAUACCGAUACCGAUACCGAUACCGAUACCAAUACCGAUACCGAUACCAAUACCAAUACCAAUACCAAUAUCCACACACAUAUACAUACCAAUAAUGAUUCCGAUUCUGGUUCUAGUUCCAAUCUUCAUUCCGAAACCAAUACACGAGAGAUAUUCGUUUAAACAAUACUCUCUAUCCCGUCCCAGUUGAACAGCGAAAGUAACGUCGGCAGAAUCGAACUUUCACCGAUCAUCGAUCAUCGAUCUUCGAUUUAUCAACGCAUUACAUCAUCCCGUUACUUACUCGGAAGCCUCGAAAAAACUGUGAUCCGUGACCGUUGAACGCGCGCAUAUUCAAAUACUCCCGAGUGCCAAAACAAAAUCAAGCAGUCGGUUUUUCGUGAAAUCGUCUAGAUAUGGAAUAAUACAAUGAGAAGAUUGGGAGUGAAUGGAGAAGGUGGUGCUGAUCGGACAGAAACAUGAAAAAAUUCAAUGAGAUUCCACAGAAGGAAGAAAAGAGAAGAGGCUAAAAGAAGAAAAAAAAAAAUACGAAAAGAUACAAAUUGAUCGUAUCGCGCGACAAAUUGUUAUCAAUCGAUAUGAUCGAGCUAAUAAUUUAACGUUCUUCUUAUCGAUACGCAAAAAAACGAUGUUUGAAAUCUUCUCGAUAUCGAGAAUAUCAUUCGCGUCGUCGUAUCAAUUGUCGAAUUAUGCUCAUUUUCUGUACUCUCUCAAUCUAGCCGAAACGGUUGCUAUCAACUUAAAUACUACGCGUUUACAGUAUUAUAUAUUCCAAGCAAUUUUCUUGAUGUUAUAACACGGUAUCUCCGGUGAAAUUGACAAAAUUAUUAUUUUUAGUUACUUAAGCCAAUCUUAUAUUUGCGUCUUCUAUAUAAUUAUAUUUGAUCUUUCUUUAUUUUAUUAAUUUCUCCUUCCUUUUACUAAAUUUCUAAUUUCUCUUUCACAAAAAAUAUUGUUUUAUUUUAAUUGUGCCUAAUAAUGCGUAUCAAUAAAGUAUAGACUUUCUUCUAAUGAGCGAGGAAAGGAAUAUAGAAUCUGUUAGCAAGAGUGGAAGGAAAGACGAGAUGAGUAGAAAAUAGUGUACAUGAAUAAAAGCUCUUUUAAAAAGCUCUUUAAAAAUAAAGAUAUUUAUAAGUGGGGCGAAUGCAUUGUGCAUUCUAUGUCAAAAGUCUUUCUUUUCGCAACGUUAAUUUUUCAAAUUAUGUUUUUUAUACAUAUAUAAGGGGCACUCAAGUAAAUAAGUGAUCUGUUGUACAUAAUCGAUCAAAUUAUUCGAAAAAAGUGUAAAAGGAAUAUAUAGGAAACUUCUAUCUGUAACGAAAACAUCUUUAUACAUUUGUCAUUCGUUGAAUAUUGAAAAAAAUUCAAAAUAUUAUGCAAACGUAAUUCACGCACCACCUUUCUAAAUAUUUUUAAGAUAUCUUACUUUUUUAUCUAUAUUAUAAGUUUAAAGCUAUCUCAUACUAUAGGCAUUAGUCAAAUUAAUUAUGUAACGCGUUAUUAUUAUUAUUAUUAUUAAUUAUUAAUUAUUAAUUAUUGUUGUUAUUAUAUUUUUAUUUUUAUUAAUAGUAUACAAAUAACGUUACAAUAUAACGUUGAACGUGAGAAAAAAAGAAAAUAGAGAAAAAGGAGUUAAUUACUUAAAGAUUAUUAUCAAUCGAAUUUACUCGUAUCUCGCGCGAAUAAUGAUGCAAGUACUUUUUUCCGAAACAAUUCCGGGAUAUACCUAGCACGAUAUGCACGAGCGCACGACAUCGUCGAUAACGAGAUCUGUUAUUUCUACGAAUGAUACUAUGUAAGAUUAUAUUUAAAUAUUGUAAUUGGCUAUACACUACUACGCUGUUUAACCCUUCAUUCGCAAAUGUAUCCACGGUUGAAUGAACUUACAUUAGAAAUUAUUAUAAACGUAGAGGCGACUAGAGAGACUUGGUGUACAUACAUAAUACAAUAUACGAAGGUACUAAAUUAACCAAAUAAAUAAAGCCUCACAUUAAGAAUGCAAAUAAAAACGGCGAAAGAGAGAGAAGAAAAAAUAGAUCGAUAGAAAAAAAAAGUAAAAGAGGAAGAAAAAAAAGAAGGAAAAAAUGUAAACAAAACGGAAGAAAAGAAAGAGAAAAAAUUCGUAUUGCGAUCUUUUUAUAUUUGCCUAAAAUUAAUCGUCUACGUUAAACAAAAGGCAAUGACUAAUUUAUUUAAAUAAAUGCAAAACUCGAAUCAUUUUUUCACAUUUUUAAUAUGAAUUAAACACACAACCGUGCCUCCAAAUAUCGAAUAAAAUCUUGGUUUUUCGAUUUGAUGAAACAUUCAUUGUCCAGCACAUGUUUCGGUGUAUGGUUCUUUCAAAUUGCCGGAAACGACCGAUAACGACCAAAUAUUGUUAUCAAUAAUCUAUGACCAUGUUAUUCUCGUAAAACGAAUUCGCGGAAACUAAGUUUUCGAUUAAUUAUUAUACAUAUAGUAUUUAAGCGUAACAUCGUGAAUAUUUUUUCUUUUAUUAUAAGUUGCAAACAAGGUUCGUUCGUCAUUUGUCAUUCGACUAGUCAUCGAUAAAGCUUCGUUUCGAAGUAAUAUCCGUAUUGAACUUCUCGAUACGAAUAAUUCUGCAAUGUCGGACACAAUUUUGAAUUAUGAUAAUGCAACGGAACAGAAGAUCUUUAUGACAAAUUGAAUUGCUGUCCAAACUACUAUUUGAAAACUUAUUUUCUAUGUCAAUUUCUUUCUGAAUAAAAAAAGAGUAAAAAUAAAAAAACAAAAAAGCAAGAAGAAAAAAUAAAAAGAACAAGUGAAAACAGGAGGAUCCUGAAAGAAAUUAGACAUAGGAAAAUAAAGGGCAGUAAAGGAAAAAAAUAAAUUCUGUUCACAAUGAUCAUGCAUGUCAAUGAAACAGUACUGUGUAUAAUUCCGAAUGCAAUCGUCGUUAUACGAAAAAGACAAGAUACUGUAGAAAAUUGUAUCUUUACCAUAGCAAUUAUGAAUUAAUGUUACAAAAUAAGAUCUUUCAGUAGCGUUAAUGAUAUAUCCCUGUAAAAUGCAAGUAGGCGAGGAAACGGUACUUUACUGUAACGAUAUAAAUACACAUUCAUUCAUUCAUUCGCACGCUCGCCGCUCGUUACUCGCUUGCUUCAUCAAAUAAUAUUGAUUGCUUAAAAAGAAGAUUCAACUUUAAAAAUAUUGGCCAAGUGAAUCAUAAGAAGAAGCUGAACGGAUGACUCAUUAGCGAUUCGAAACGGCGAGCGCAUACUUGUGUUGCGCGUUUACCUUAAUCGCGUCGCACUUGUAAAAAGCUUAUGUGAUUUUUCUAUUAUAUAAUUAGUAAAACAAUAAAGGAAGAAAGAAAUAUCGAAUUUAAUAUGGUCCGGUCCGAUUCGGUUCGGUUCGGUUCAAUUCAGUUUGGUUCGGUUCGGUUCGAUUCGAUUCAGUUCGGUUUGGUUCGGUUAGAUUUAGUUCGGUUCGGUUCGGUUCGGUACGGUACGGUACGGUACGGUACGGUACGAUACGAUUCGGUUCGAUUCGAUUCGGUUUGGUUUGAUUCGUCAUCCAUCCAGUGACAUCACUUUGCCCUGCACGCACACAUAUUCACACAUCUCACACAUGCAACAUACACGUGACAAUUUGUAGAUAGAUACGUACAUACAGCUUUGCUAAGUGUUUUCUGGUGAUCGGUAUUUAGCCAACAAAAUGUAGCAAAAAUAUUUAUAAUAAAAUGGUAACACACAUUGUUUCCCAA